AUGUGUAAUGGACUCGUUGAAACAAUCCCGCACUUUCUGGUGACGUUUAGAAUGCGCCAUUCCCUGCCAUGAAAUAAACAGGCCUUCGCCACGCAAUAUCAGAUUUCGUAAAACGAGAGAGUCUCGUAUGUCGUAAAUUCCGGGCCCUCGAGAUAUUCCACUGAAAGGAUGGAAUGAGUUCACGUGCUGCUUGAACCUCGGUACCUCUAUAAAGCCUGACUCAUCCGCUCGUUCUUUCUCAGUCAGUCUCCAACGUUCCCUGAAGUCACAUUUCGCAGACAAGAUCAGCCGACAUGGAAUGCUCCGUCUGUCAAGAUCUUCAAGAUUUGGGUCAUUAUUAUCAAGUGAGCCACAUUAUCCAAGGCUUCGGAGGGCAAUGGUAUCCUGGAUUAGUAUGCCAGGAGUGCAAGAAAUGUGUGGCCAUUUCGUAUGAGAUGGACCCUCCCCAAUGGAUUUGGGUGGAUGAUAUCUUAUCGGGCCCGGAUUUGGACCUCCAAGGCUGGCAACAAGCAAGAAUCGUAACGGAUUCCAUCCAAAAAGAAUUACGUUCAGAUUUAGAUGACUUGUGGCGCCACCGCAUCUUGAGCGGUAUUGUUUACAACACGAAUGCUCCGCCCAAGGAUGAGGAUCAUGAAUGUCAAUUUGGGUUUCCCGAUCUUAACGUGGAUCAAAUCCACCUCUUGUGGAUCGAUGGUCAAGCCCGGGGUUUCUGCUCAUUGAGAAAAAACGGCACGGCAUUGGGCACGCCCAUGAACACUUACCAAAUGACGAUCCUGGAUACAAUAUUUAUCGAUCCACGAGUGCGAGGUCGAGGUCAUGCCUCCUGCCAGUUGAGAGGGCUCUUAGCAGACAAUCAUUUGGGCCUGUCCACGCCCAUUUCCAAUGACAUGCUGGUGACUUGCUUGAAGGCGUUGAGAAAGUCGCCGCCCUUUAGAGAGAGGCUCUGGUUGGUGGACAAUUUUGGGGGUGCGGGCGAGCGAAAAAAUUUGUGGUGGUCAGCCGUCAAAUUAGCCAAAUCCAGGCAAUUGAAUCUGGAGACUAUCUUUAAGUAAAACGUUUUACAAAACGUGCAAAUGUAUUAAGGUAUAAAGAAAGACUCUGUUUUAACAUACUCGUAUUUGAUAUCAAAUGUCACAAAACGCCGU